CCCAAGUUUAUUAUGUGAUCAUUUGCGUUGUAUACGUCCCGUUCGAAAAUCCUUCACAUCGAAAGCUGUUUGUCAUUGAGCAAUUCUCAGCACUGUUUCUCAAAUUGUCGAAUCAAGCGAAACCUUCACCAUGGGGAAACACUUCGUCGCUGAGAAUUGCACGGCAAUUGGUCCGGCACCUUGCACAGUCGAGAACACUAUCUAUGGAUACUAUCCCAAUCUCGGGCUGAACGCCUUCUUCGUCGCUGCUUUCGCCGCUCUUGUAAUCCCUCAAAUCAUUAUCGGAACAUGGAAGAAGCAAUACUUCUACAGUUAUGCCAUCGCAUGUGGCUGCAUCGGUGAAGCCAUCGGCUAUGGAGGCCGUGUCAUGAUGCAUUCGAACCCAUACAAAGACAUCGCCUUCACAAUCCAAAUCUCCUGCCUGAUCUUCUCCCCCGCUUUCAUCGCCGCAGGCAUUUACCUCGUCUUAAAGCACAUCGUCCGCGCGUUUGGCGAAGAACGCUCCAGAAUCCCAGCAAGAUACUACACCUGGAUCUUCAUAACCUGUGACUGGAUCUCCCUCAUGCUCCAAGCCAUUGGAGGUGGCAUGGCCGGCGGCGCGAAAGACAACGUUAGCAAGCGAAACAUGGGGACAAACCUCAUGAUCAUCGGUAUCGUCUGGCAAGUCGGCACGUUGAUCGUGUUCGCUUGUCUCGUGACCGAUUAUGCCAUCCGGACGAGCAGAUCGUGGGGUAUCGUGUCGGCGGAUGCGAAGAAUCUGUUUGCGAGGCGCAGCUUCAAGGGGUUCUUGGUUGCUGUUGCUGUGGCGUUUAUUACUGUGUUCUUGAGAUGCGUAUACCGUAUUGCGGAGAUGGUGGGAGGGUGGGCGAAUCCUAUUAUGAGAGAUGAGACGGGAUUUGUUAUCAUGGAGGGAUUCAUGAUCCUCAUCGCUGCAUCGGUCCUCACGCUGUUCCAUCCUGGGUUUUGCUUCUCACAGCCUGGCCUGGCCCAGAAAUCGCCGAUGCUUGGAUCUAUCAGUUCGAGUGAUGUGGCGCAGAACGAGGCUGAGAAGGGUGUUUCUGCUCGCCAACCACGAUUCUUGAGGGUCUCGAGACAGACGAGUGAAUGACGGGUACGAGGUCAACGACGACAUCGGGAGAGGGUGGUCGGUGUGAAACCAAAGGAAAGGUCAUGGUGUUUUCCUUGUCUUUUGUUGUUUUGUUCACUGUAUCAUGCCGUGAUGG